AUGACAUCGUCAGCCGAGCUUCGCGUGUCAUCGCUGUUCAACUUCAGUAACCAUGUUGUACUCGUAACGGGGGGAGCCACGGGACUCGGCGAAAUGGCAGCGCAAGGGUUUGUGCAGAAUGGAGCCAAAGUCUUCAUUGCAAGCCGGAAGGAGUCCGAACUGAAGAAGACGUCUGAUCGACUCAACAAGCUCGGUCCUGGCACCUGCGAGUACAUCAUCGCCGAUUUGAAGGAUAAAGCUGGCUGCGAUGGCCUGGUCAAGGAGGUCAAGAAGCGGACUGAUCGCCUAACCGUCCUUGUCAACAAUACAGGGGCCACUUGGGGAGGACCAUGGGAUGAUUUCCCAGAGAAUGGUUGGGACAAGUUGAUGGCCUUGAAUGUCAAGUCGAUAUUCUACAUGACUGUGGGGCUGCAAGAUCUCUUGUUAAAGGGGACCAAUGCCGAUAUGCCUUCCCGAGUCAUCAAUAUUGCUUCCAUGGCAGGCAUCAUGACAUCGGAUGUCACUUCUGGCGACGAUGGAGGCCUUGCUGCUCCUGGUCAUGGUACAUUCAGCUACGGCCCAUCCAAAGCCGCCGUCAUUCACCUAACCAAGAUGCAAGCUUCGAAGCUUGCUCCGUUGAACGUCAUGGUCAAUUGUGUCUGCCCUGGUGUCUUCCCAUCUAGGAUGACGAAUUUUGGUAUUGAGAAGUUCAUGGACACGUUACUAGUGCGACAACCUACCGGCCGCAUUGGCAAACCAUCUGAUUUUGCCGGAGUGAUUUUGUUUUUGAGCAGUGUCGCGUCUGCACAUAUGACGGGCAACGUUAUCGAACUUGAUGGUGGUAGUGUUCUUAGUGGAUGGAAGGCACAGAAGAAAGGGGGGAGCAAGAUCUAG